AUGUCGUUCUCCAAUAGCAGUGGCGGAACACUCACUGUUCCUAGCCCCACGCACGUCCACCAUGUAGACGUGCUCGCAUCCUCAGUCCGGAGCCUGCGAAGGUCUCUUUCCCGAUCACCUUCAAAGUUCAGCCUGGCGCGUACGAGUUCCCCCAGCUCAGAGAGCUCACACAGCGGUUCUCAUACGCCUGUGCAAGAACAAUCGCCCUGCCGACGAUACACUCCUACCCCUACGCCUCCUAGCAGCAGCCACAACAACAUCAACUUUGGGGAUUUCCAAAGCCAUACACCAGCGGGGCUCCCUCCUUCCAUGACCUCGACGACGCCCUUUAGCUCUCCGCCAACUCUUGCCACACCCUUUCGUCCCAGUGUUCGGCUCUCUCUACGCUCGGCAAAAUCAGCAAAGGCAACCGGCAGCCCCUCGAGGCCAGCGACUCGAUUAAGGACAUCGCCUAAAUCCCCCCUCAAACGCGCGCUCAACGCUACAACAGACUCGGGGGUAAAUUCCACUCCUUCCUCAUCUUCAAGCUCGGAGGCCUCGGGCCAGGAAAAUAACCAGUCUUCUGCACAACAGAGCCCACGUUCCCGAUCGUCCCUCCAAAAAUCAUCACGCCAUAGCCUUCAUCUCGACGUAUCCGGCCACGCUCAACAGUCGAAUAUUUUCAAGCAUCUGGAAAGUCAGGGCGAUUCGCAAGGAGCACCGGGAUCGGGCGCUCUCAAGCGCAGCGACGCGAUCAUGAAUUUGGAUCAGGCGUCGCUAGGUAGCCCAGUCGCGAAGCGAAGAAGUUUACACGGUAUUUCAAGCUUUGGUCAAAACACAUCUGAUUUCACCAUUUUCGACAACACCAGCAACACGCCGAGCAAGACCAACUUUGACAUUCACGACGAGGCGAACCGUGAGCGAGAGUACGAGCUCUUUGGCUCGCCAAGCGUUCCUGCCCCCAGAGAGCCAAUCCCAUCGCCUACCCCGCCUCAGAUUCCGAGAAGAACUGGCUCUCUACGACGUUCAACGCUUCAGCAGAGACAGCACGAUCGGAGUUCGUGGGGACGUAAGUCUGGCGCGAGCCACUUGGCUCAGAUGAGCGGAGAUUUCUCGACUCCCAACGUCAAGAACCGACCCCGCCUAUCGAUGGAUCAAUUCCUCCCUCCUCAGCUUCCUCGGGACAGCCCUUUCAAUUCGAACGGGCCUUUGCCCAAUCCCUCUGCCCAUCCCGUUGAGCGGUCUUCACAUCAGCCUCAUCCGCUGUCAAAGACGUUGGUGACCUCGACGUCCGGCAACAGUCUCGAGGAGCAGAACAACAGCAUGCCUCCUCCUUACGUCUUUGAAAAGCCACGAGCUCCUCUCAACUUCGCCAAGUCGAUGCCUUACGGUUCAUCUCGACCACUCUUCAUGCAGGAGGAGAAUGAGACUGUCACACCUUUCAAGGCGGCUAAGCCAUGGGCGGGAGCUUUCAUGUCUACAGGCCUCGUUUCGAAGGUUAACCGCAACCCCGAGGAAGACAAUAAGCUCACGAUGCCUGAUACGCCUUGCAAGAAGCCUACCAACGGUUUCGCCACCUUCCCGCCUCCUCCUGGAAGCGCCAUCAAGAAGAACAACCGUUACUCUUUUGGCGGCAUGCCUUCAACUCCGUUCGUGGCCCCCGGUGCCCCGUCACGCAGCACCUUCGGUGGCAAUCCCGGAAAGGGUCUGGGCAUCUUCCAAAGGCUUGGAUCGCGCCAUGCACGCCGAGGAAGUGUCUUGAGUCUGGAUGAUGAUAAGAAAUUCUCCCUCGACACCAACUUCAACACUGGCCUCGGGGCUGACAUCGACGCCCCUCCUACUCCUACGAAACAUGGACUCACACCGAGCAAGGGGCUCACUCCCAGCUUGAGCAACUUGAGUGAGCAGAGCAUCGAAAGCCCCAGCGCCAAGAGGUCACUUCCACCUCCCAUGUCAGCUGUGCGGCCGAUGAUCUCCAGAGAAUCUACUGGUAUGUAUACCGCUCAGGAGCGGUCCGACGACAAGAGUGCCAGUUGCCCCCUACCGAGUUCUCCGCCCGGUUCAACUAGCUCUCUUACCGAUGGACUGUCUCCUACGCAGCGUCUUUCUUUGCCAUCUUUUGGUCGAUCGAGGUCUGGAAGGGGGUUUAGUGCUCCUUCGCCAUUGCGGACCCGACUUUGUACCAGCACAACGGAUUGUGAUUAUCAAAAGGACAUUUUGGCUAAGAUUACUCCUCACCAUAUAGCUAGCCCUGUGGAACAGCGCUCUCCGAGGACUCCCUCAUCUCACGUUGUUCUUCCCGAUGCCAGCUGCCUGUCAAUCUCGAAUCCAGCCGAGUCAACGCGGAGCACUACUACCCCGGUUACUCCAUCCGGGCGAGAGUCCUUCCAAAGCACUUCGACACACCUCAUGACCCCCGUCAAUGCCGGUCGUGGUGGCGGCGAUGUCGAAGACUCACUCUAUUCGCGCUUUGACAAGGUCGAGAUGAUUGGCAAGGGAGAGUUCUCUUCCGUCUACCGCGUGGUCAAGAACGGAUACUCCCGUGCCUCGUUCCUCUCUGUCUUUAGUGGAACUCCGACGAAGAACCCUCGCGAGAGUCCCGAGCCCGAUCGUAUUUACGCCGUGAAGAAGGCACGCCGCCAAUUCACUGGACCCAAGGAUCGUCUGGCCAAGCUGAGGGAAGUGCACGCACUUCAGGCCCUGACACACGCAGACCACGUUGUCCACUACGUCGACAGCUGGGAAUACAACCAAUACCUUUACAUCCAAACCGAAUACUGCGACGAAGGCACCUUGGACAAGUUCUUGAGCAAUGUUGGUCGCAAAGGCCGACUGGAUGACUUCCGUAUUUGGAAGGUUAUCCACGACAUUGGCUUGGGUCUUCAAAGCAUUCACGAAGCUGGUUUUAUUCAUCUCGACCUGAAGCCGGCGAACAUUCUCAUCACAUUUGAGGGUAUCCUUAAAAUUGGUGACUUUGGCCUGGCUACCGAGUGGCCUGCUGCCAAGGGCGUCGACGCCGAGGGAGACAGAGAGUACAUUGGUCCUGAAAUCCUUCGCGGCGAUUUCAACAAGCCUGCGGAUAUUUUCUCACUCGGUCUCAUUCUGAUUGAGAUGGCUGCCAACGUCGUUCUCCCCGACAACGGCCCUACUUGGAUUGCUCUUCGCUCUGGUGACUUGUCCGAAGUUCCUAGCUUGACCUUCAGCGCCACCACUACGACUAGUUCAUACCGAGAUGCCGCUGGUGUUCCUACUAUGCAAUCGCUGGACGACCCACUCCUCGGUCAGACCAGUGCUCCGGAUAUCAGCCUGCAUUCGGGAAUCGCCCCAACUCGGGUGAACGUGGUCAUGGACGACGAAAGCAGCCCUUUCAUUACACGAAAGCGCACCGAGCUCAGAUCCCCUCCGGAUUUUAUGAGCGACCCUUUCCACCCCAGCUCACUCGAUCAAAUCGUCCGCUGGAUGGUCAGACCCGAGCCUGGCGAGCGACCCACCAUUCAACAAUUACUGACCACUACGGCGAUGUCGUGGGUCGCCGAACGUCGCAGAUCAGCUGCGACUGUCUUCGAAGGUGUCUGGGGACCUAGCGAGUCAACCACCCUUCCCACCUUGGUGGACGAGGACACAGAAAUGAUGGACGUCUAG